AUGUGUUACGUGGAUGACGUCAUAGCGACACCAACCUUGGCAGACCACAUUUAUCGAUUCGAUGAGGUCUUUGAUUGCAUGAAAUGCAAACCAUCGAAAUGUGAAAUCCUUAGAGAAUCAAUCGAGUACCUGGGAAGAAUUGUGGACAGACAUGUCAAAAGGACGGACCCGGAAGCAGUCGAGACCGUGUUAACAUGGAAGGCCCCCAGAACGGACACACAACUCAUGAGCUUCCUGGGGUUUGCCAACUACUACCGUGAUUUCAUAAAAGGAUACGCAGACAAGGUGUACCCCGUGCAGAAACUGAUGCGCAACAAAGGAAAGAAGUUCAAAUGGAGCAAAGAAGCUCAAGCUGCCUUCGAGAACAUAAAGAGGGAACUGUGCGAGGCGCCAGUGCUAGGUAUGCCUACAGAGAAGGGCAUGUACGUUCUUGACACUGAUGCAUCAGUAGUAGCCAUCUCACGAAUACUGCAUCAGGAGCAAGAGUGGAAUGGGAGAACAGUUCUCCGUCCCAUUGCAUAUGGCAGUAAAGUGUUUGAGUGA